AUGACAAAGAAAGAAAUGAAGGAAAUAGCCAAGUACCUGCAGAAUCAGAACUACUCUGCGGGCAGUGUUGACAACGUCCUUCACUAUGCCUGCGAGCUGUUUGAAGGAAUGAAAGCUUACCGUGGCGUUGACAAUCGCAUCCGUUUGUUUCGCCCUGAGUUGAAUAUGGCUCGCAUGCGAAAAUCUGCGGAAAGAAGCACUCUGCCAGAUUUUGACGGGAACGAGUUAAUCGAGUGCAUGAAAGAGUUGGUAAGUUAUUAA